UCUCUCAAACCCGUCAAGGCAUUUUGCCAGUGCGAGAUCUUGUUGCCUCAGCCUUGCUCCAAACAAUGGCAACCGCAGUGUCACCAGAGGCACUGGAAGAAGGAAAGAAACUUUCCAAUUUCUCAUGGAGAUCCGUGAAUAUGACUGUGGAUAUGGGCAAGGAAAAAAAAAACAUCCUGAAUGACAUCAGUGGCUCACUGAAGGGAGGCGAAGUCUGUGCAUUGAUGGGUCCUUCCGGCGCAGGCAAGACCUCGCUGCUGAAUGUGUUGGCAGGGAGGGUGAGGAGUCGUGGCAAAGUGCUGGUGAAUGGAAACAUUUUGCUGGACGGCUUGCCGGUGAGUGGAUCCUCCCUGCGGAAGCGCAUUGCCUAUGUGAUGCAGCAGGACAUCUUGACCCCAACGCAGACCGUCCGAGAGUCCCUGUGGUUUUCAGCCAACCUUCGGCUUCCAAACACAUACACUCGAGAAGACAAGCAGCAGAUGGUGGAGAAGAUGUUGAAAGACUUGGGCUUGGAGAAAUGUGCAGACACCUUUAUUGGGGAUGACAUGAUUCGAGGUGUAUCGGGUGGAGAGAAGAAACGCACCUGUGUGGGUAUUGAGCUCAUCAUGAAACCCAAGCUGAUUUUCCUGGACGAGCCCACCAGCGGUCUGGACUCCUAUGCGGCCCACAAUGUGGUCAUGAGGUUGAAGGACAUGGCUCACCACGAUGGCUGCAAUGUCCUGUGUACCAUCCACCAGCCAUCCUCAGAGGUCUUCCAUUUGUUCGACCGGACCAUGGUGUUGCGCUCUGGCAAGCUGUUCUACUUUGGAUCCUUGCCAGGUUUGUCCGAGUCACUUCAUAGCGCCGGCAAAGGUUGCCCCAAUGAGUUCAACUUGGCGGAUCACGUCAUGUUUGUGCUCCAGACGGAAUCCGGAGACGCCCUGGACAAGAUAGAAGCUAGUAUGAAAGGGGACCAGACAAUGGCAGAAGAACCGUCAAUGCCCAAUGAUAAGAGUGCCAUGACUCUCAAAAUGGAUGGAGCUCACGCAGGCUUUUGCACCCAGCUGUAUGCCCUCAGCAAGCGCGAGGCUCAGAAUGUGUGGCGUGACAAGGCUGGUCUCAUCGCAUCGGUGAUGGUUCCCCUGAUUCUGAACGUCUUCUUCGCCUGCAUUUUCUUUCAGGUGGGUGACAACACGCGUUCCGGGUGGUCUGCAGGGUCACACUUCGGUGGAAUGACCCAGGUGGCCAUUGGUGGAAUGUUUGGUGCAGCUCAGCCCCUGUUGUUGAAGUUCCCCUUGGAUCGUGGCAUUUUUUUGCGCGAAUAUGCCACCCAGACCUAUGGGGCUGCGCCAUACUUCAUCGCCAAAUCCAUGGUGGAAUUGCCACAGACAUUUUUGAAUGCUGCAAUUACCUGGGCUGCCGCCUACUUCCUGAUGGGCUUGCAGGGAAGCUUCAUUAUGUAUGUCUUGAUCUUCUGGCUCACCGGCAUUGCCGCUGCCUCAACAGCCCUGUUGGUCGGUUGCAUUGCCAGCAACGCAGAAGUAGCGCAGCAGGCGGCACCAGCAGUUUUUGUCCCUCAACUGCUGUUCGCUGGUUUCUUCAUCCAAGCCGAACAGAUUCCGAUUUGGUUAAGGUGGGCUCAGUACACAUGCGCCUUGAAGUACGGAAUGAACUUGAACAUCAUGAACGAGUUUGGCGCGGAGACAAUCAAGGAUUGGCCGCUUGAACAGCAGAUGGCAGUGACAAAAUUCAUCUACAUGAACGAGAUCAACGUCGACCAUGGUUGGAUCUAUGCAGGAAUCCUUCUGGCAAUCGUCGCAGUUGUGCGAAUGUUGUCUGUGUUUGCUUUGGCAAAGCGUGCUGCGGCCUUCUUCUGAGGGGAAGUUGCUGAGCUUGUUGCAGCGAAGUUGGUCUGUGAAUCGCGAAAAGAUUUGCGUGGCAGACUGCAAAAUGCCAUUUUUCUUUCUGCUGAUUGUUCAAAACAAGCAGCACCCUGGAGAGUGCCACAAUCAUGAGGGUCAUCAAAAUGAAAUGAUCCUGGCUUGAUUGGAAGGACACCUGAUCUCCACCUUUUGCUUCUUGCUUACGAUUAGAAGCGUAUCAAGUACGCCUCUUCUCUUGUGAUGAACGCUGUCAAAA